AUGAUAACGUAUCGGAAACGUUUGUUCCAGUUUGGUCGUGUUAUUGUAUUUUUAUAAUUUUAUAAUAGUUAUAUUUUUUAAAUUUAAUCUUGUGAUAUAAGAUAUUAAAUAAUUAAUUUUAAAAGAUAUGGGUAAAGAACGUUAUUCGCGAAGAGACAGUCGUGGUUACGACAACGACGACAGACAAUCCAAAGUUAAAAGUUAUUCUGAUAGUAAACACAGCAAACAUGAUGACAAAAAAUAUUCUUCAAGUCUUUCAAAAUCUAAAUCCUCAAAACAUCGUGACGAUACUAUUAAGAAAAAGUCCAAACAGUCUGACUCUUCAAGAUCAUCCAGCAAAAAAAAACGAUCCAAGCAUAAAAGUAAAAGGUCCUCGUCAUCGUCUUCGUCAUCGUCCUCGUCAUCAUCAGACUCAUCAUCUUCAUCUUCAUCUUCAAAUUCAUCAGCAGACUCAACAAAAUUGCUUAAAAAAUUGGAACAACAGCGUCUGAAACAGCUAGAGGAGCGUCGUCGUAAAAAAGAAUUAUUAAAAGCUACCGAAACUCCUGAAGAGAAGCGUCUGCGACGUUUAAAGAAAAAAGAAGCGAAAGAACGUAAACGCAAAGAACGUAUGGGAUGGGACAACGAUUAUCUUCAUUACACAAACACAGAUAAUCCAUUUGGUGAUGGGAAUUUACUCUCUACAUUUGUAUGGUCAAAGAAACUUGAAAAAGACGGUCUUCUGGGUGUUAAUCGUGAGGAACUCGAGCUACGUAAUCGGCACAAACAGGAAGAGAAUAAACGUGAGCUAGAGAAAGUUAAAAAACGUCGUCAGGAACGGGAAUUAGAGCGUCAACAGCGCGAGGAAGAGAUGAAUAUGAUGCAACGAGGCAAAGAAGCUGCACAAAUGGAACAGUGGAGACAUCAAGAGGAUCAAUUUCAUCUGGAGCAAGCACGUUUGCGUUCACGAAUACGUAUCCAAGAUGGUCGCGCCAAACCAAUUGAUCUCUUGGCUAAAUAUAUUUCUGCAGAAGAGCAAGUUGAUGCUGUUGAGAUGCACGAACCCUACACUUAUCUACGUGGACUUGAGAUAAAAGAUCUCGAGGAUCUUAUUGAAGAUAUAAAAGUGUACAAAGAAUUGGAACGAGGUAAAAACUUGGACUACUGGAAUGACAUUACGGUUAUUGUUGAAGACGAAUUACAUAAACUGAGAAAACUUGAAAAAUCAGAGUAUCAAGUUGCUCUGGGACGCCGUGAAGGAAUAAAUCAAGCUGUUGCUAAAGAUAUUACUGGAAUAUUUAAAGGCAAGUCUGCCAAACAGUUGGAGACGAUGCAGCUGCAAAUUGAGUCAAAGAUAUCCGGCAAACCUGAAGGUGUAGACAUUGGAUACUGGGAGAGUCUCUUGUCACAGUUAAAAGCCCACAUGGCACGUGCUAGACUAAGAGAUCGUCAUCAGGAUAAUCUUAAAAAGAAGCUCGAGGUAUUGAUUGCUGAGCAAGGUGUCGCAAGAAAUGAAGGAGAUUGCGACCAAGAACAACAAGUUGCUGGUUCCACUAGAGAGACAAGUAAUCAAGACAAUACUCAAGAUAAAUCCAAAGAUGAUAAAAGUGAUAAAGAGCAAGUUGAUGAUAAUGAUGAUAAUGGUGAUGGUGAUGAUGAUGAUGGUGAUGAAGAGGAAAUGCUUAAUGAAUAUUUCUGUGAGUAUAAUGCUGGUGGUUACUCGCCUAAAUAUAUGUCCAUGGGACAGCUGGAACCAGGAACGCUGAUUACUCUAGAGGAGGACGAUAACCAGAGACUGGAAUUCGCAAGGCAUCAGGUGCUUAAUACAGGCAGAAAAGUUCAAAGUGUCCUGUCUGCAGAGGAACAAGCGAUGCAUCGUGAAGCCAGGAAAAAUAUGGGUGAUGAUGAGGCCCAGUUUAGUGUUGAGUCAUCGCUAGAAGCACAAAUUUAUUUGUGGUCUGAUAAAUACAGACCCAGGAAGCCCAGAUACUUUAAUCGAGUUCACACUGGAUUUGAAUGGAAUAAAUACAAUCAGACUCACUACGAUAUGGACAACCCACCGCCCAAGAUUGUUCAGGGAUACAAAUUUAAUAUAUUUUAUCCUGAUUUGAUUGACAAAGGAACAACUCCUGCCUAUUACUUGACUCGAAGUGGAAAAAAGGACCAACGUCCAAAAACAGCAAAUCUAGAGAAACCGAGCGUGCUAGAUCCCGCGUUGGUCAAUAAAUUAGACAUGUCAUUGCUGAGUAAAGAACGAUUAUGCGAUUCAAUGACGCGUAUACAGCUUGAUCGAAGAGCUACCGCUAGUGGGGGUGGACACACUACGCCCGUCAACAAUAGUAACAAGAAUAUACAACCUAUUGUUGAAUCAUCAAAGCGCAGUACACCACCGUUCACCGAAGCUAAAACAUUUUUUAUUAGAUCAAAGCGUCGUAGCUUAGAUCAUUUAAAUAACAACAACUAUUAUUUAAAUACUGAACAAACAAUGCCACGUGUACUUGAACCUGUCAUUCCUAAAAAAUCACCUAGUCCAGUACUUAAUACUAACAACAAUAAUAAUAGUAGUAGUAAAGAGUGUCUGACAAGUAAAUUAAUUAACGAUCACAAACGAUUAGAUAACAAUAAUAAUAAUAAUAAUAAUAAUAAUAAUCGUAAUCUAAUGAAUGUUAAACCGGUAGCAGCUUCGUCAUUGUCAACAGUAAGGACGGCAAAGUCAUCUCGUUUAGCUCUACCGGAAGAACUUGAAGUGUUUACUUCCCCGAUUGCUAAUAAAUUAAAAACACCAGAGCCGUGCAAAACUUGCGGUCGUCCUGAUCAGCCUGAACGAUUUCAUAGUCAUCCUAAGGGAGUUCCUUCCAUCAAGGGAUCAACUGAAGUAGAUAAGAAUAGCAGUAAAGACGUUGUCAGAAAGUCCAUUCAGAAACCAGUUGCACUGAAUUAUAAGAGCGAGAAAAAUAAAAAUAAAUCAAAAGAUAAAGGUAAUAGUAAUGACGGAGGUAUCGAAACAGUACAAAAACUAUCACCGAGAAUGGAAGAUAAUGCUAGUAAAUCACGUCCAGAUUCUGUUAAAAAAGGACCUAGAACGGUUACUUGUUAUAUAUGUGCCCGUGAAUUUGGCACUGCCAGUUUUCCGAUACACGAGCCAAAAUGCAUGGAGAAAUGGGAGCGUGAAAAUGAAGCUUUGUCUCCAUCCCAAAGACGUCCUCGUCCGCAACGACCAGUAUUACCAUUAAAUCAUCAGCAGUGGAAUAAUGUUGCUUGGGAAUCAUCUCAAAGCCAAUUACUUCCUUGUUGGAGAUGCGGCCGAACUUUUUUGCCAGAUCGUCUACCAGUUCAUCAAAAAAGUUGCAAAGUUUCCAAGGAUCCAGCGGCUGAGAAAUCAGACAGGUCUGAAAAAUCGAGGAGCACAACCAGUCGAUCGGGUUCAUCAACUGUUUUUUGUCAAAACUGUGGUCGUAAUUUUGGCGCAAGAACUAUUAAAAUUCACGAACCACAGUGUAUAAAGCGUUGGCAGAUUGCUAAUAAUAUUUAUUCACCCAGUGAUAAAAAUAAAUCAUCAUCGAGUUAUUCCGUUUGUUCUGAUAGCCCAUAUAAACAAUUGAGACCUACGACAACUUGUUAUAUUUGUGGACGCGACUUCGGGUCAGCUAGUAUCGAUAUUCAUGAACCCCAGUGUUUAAAAAAAUGGAAUAUUGAAAAUGAUAAAUUGCCAUUAAGUAAACGCAGACCUGAACCGAUAAAACCAGAUAUUGUUUUAGCUGAUACAUCGGAUUCAGCUAGUCCUGUAAUAGAUUGGGCAGCAACAACUGAAGCAAGAUGGAAAUCACAUCUAGGUCAAUUAGUGCCUUGCAAAAACUGCAAAAGGACUUUCAAUCCCGACCGUGUUACUGUGCACGAGCGCACGUGCAAAGGUAUAAAUUAGUUACUACUCAAUAAAAUCGCUUUUGAAAAAAUAAAAAGAUACUUAUUUCGAUACUAAUUACUUUUAUAAAUAUACAUCUAAAUAUUUUUAAUUAAUUAAUAUUAUUCAUUUAGUAUGUUAUGUACAGCUAUAUUGUGUACAAAAAAUAAUUUUUUUAGCACUUUGUAUUGUUGGGUAAUAAAAUAAAAUUUAUCUUAUUUAAUAACACUA